AUGUGUCGGCCGUGCUGCAUGAGAGCUCUGGCCUUUCUGGUCUGCAGCUUCCUGCCAUGCAUGUUUGUGAAGGUGGCCUCUGCGCCGGCGGGCUGCUGGUCUGCGGGCUGGACGCAGGACUACUGCUGUGGCGCGGCCUCUGAAGCAGGGAAUCCUGAAUGCUGGGACGCGAUCUACACACACCGCCGAUGCUGCCCGUCCAAGGAUCUGGAUCUAAACGUUUCCGUUGCCGUCAGGCACGAGGGUGCUCAAGAUGUGAAGGAGCCCUGUUGGGGUGGCGAUCAUGACAAGGAAUGGCUGUGUUGUGAUACGUUCGCUCAGUUCAGCCAGCAUCCCACCUGCUGGGGUGGAAGGGGCACUUACGAGAAGUGCUGCAGUCGGGAUCCAAGAGUGGUAGCUUCCUUGGCCACCCUUCAAGAAUCAGCUUCCGAGAUGCUGCGUUCACCCGGUUCGACAGCUCUUGGAUUCCCGGAUGGAAGAGUUCCCUUCCAAAAAUCCCUAUGCCAAGGAGGGCUCGGACGUGCGGACCAGCAGAUGUGUGAGCUGCUGCGCUUAGCAGAGCACACUCUAAGGCAUCCUUUCGACAGCAAGUGUUGGUCCGUUGGAUACACCGAGGAGAACUGCUGCAGCCCUCGAAAUCCUGCUUGCUUCGACGACGUGUAUACGUACGAGGCAUGUUGUUUGGGCGUGCCACCACAGGUAAGGCUUCUGGAGCAGUUCUUCCGAUGCGAUCAUUGCCUGUCUUUGCUGAAGCAAUCUAGGUGGAGCUGCGAUGAUUCCCGCUCAUGUUUGGCCAGGGGCGGCACCAUCAUGGCAUUUUCGAGCGGCCCUUAUGGAAGUUUCGACGUUGUUUGCCUUCCAAAUAUGGCGGCGUACUCACUCGGCACAGCGGAAUCAGCAACAUCCUCGGCCGCCUUCGUAUUGCAAUGGGUGAAAGCCCAUGGUUACAAUGCAACUGAAACGUCGUUGAGAUUGAACUCCCGGCUGAGCCAUGCUGUUGAGAUCGUGUGCGUUCUGGCUCCAUGGCUCAUACUCAGGGCCGGCAGCCUUUGGCGAGGCACCACAGCAAGCCCAGGUCGGGGUGUCCGUCAAGAAAAGGGUGAAAGGAACAUGGCGAUUGAAAUUGCUCGACUUGUCGGCACGGUUGCGAUCAUACCACUGCACCUGGCCCACGUGGUCAGAACGACAGAUCCUGGAGCGACCAUGCACCUGGCCAUAGUUCACUACUUCCAGCGCUUCGUUGACAUCUUUGAUGUCGUCUCAGUUCUGGUGGCCAAAUCAGACUCCGAGAGCCUGCUGGCAAGCUUAGAUGCCCUGUGGCGAAAGUUGGCGCGUCAGAUACCGCUGGUAUAUGUCACGGUGCGCUCGACCGUAUGGCUCGCCGACAUCGGCGCCAACCUCCCUCACUGCGCGCUGAAAAACAGGUUUACAUGGACUUCUAAGCUGCAAGCGGACUGGCUGACCUUCUACUGUCACUGGCACAUGCAUGUGGAUAUGAAGACCUGGCUCGUCUUUCGUUGCAUCUACAUCCUGAACUUUUACGGGGUACCUCCUGCGCUGGUCGUCGCCUGCAUUUUCUUCCCGCUCUCUGCUUGGAGCCUGCAGAGUGGAUAUCUAAGCUUACGCUCAUGGCCGAUGCUAUACUACCAGUUCUUAGCCUACCGCCUGCCAAUGAGCCUGCUGGUUUUCUUCUUCGUGCGUGCCGUCCGAAGGCGACCUCGUGGCGAAGGAGACCCGGGCUUCAGCUGGUUUUCCGCAUGGCUAUGGCCGCUUGUGGCGGUGCUGCUUUGCAGCCUGGGCUGGGUGCAGUGUGUCCCGAAAUGCCCGGGUCAAGAUGUGAGAGCGUCCGCGACUUGGCAAGAUGAGUGCACCAGGGAUGGAUUUUGGUUCUUCGUGGGCGGCGCUUGUUUUCACGUGGGCCUGUCGAUGCUCUUGCUGCGCCCACCCCAGGGACCGUCGCUGUGGAAGGGGAAAGAGACGGGCUUUGUGGGCAGAGCGCGAAGCAGAGCGCUGGGCAUGUUCCGCCUUUGCAUCAUCCGCCUCUCCCCACUGUCACUGGGCAUCCUUCUGCUGCACCAUCCACCUCUCGCGUUUGUGAUGGGCAGGUGCUACCACAACAGUUCACCCUGGCUGUUCUUGCAAGGGCAAGGUUUGAAUUUGAGGGUGGCUUCCAAGCCACCGCAGUUUGUCAGUGCGACUUUGUGGGCGGCCUUCAUCUUGGCAUGCCUUUUGAUCCCGCAGCUCAUGCUUUGGACGGUGCAAGAGCCGUGGGAGAGUCUCUGUGCGCGCGCCCCGAAGCACUUGAGGCGAGCCCUCGCCCUUGCCUACGUGCCCUUCUUUCUCAGUUACAGCUUCCUUCGCGUACCGUUGCCUCCGGGAGCGUAUUGA